AUGCCGAACUUCCCAGUGCAAGCGCCUCUAUUUUCACACCCUUCGGGGGCUAUGCUGCCUUCUUCUCCUGCUCCUGGGCCCAAGGCCGUGCCUCCCGUGCUUGACAUUCCGAUCGUACCCCGGGCUCUGUCCAGCGGUGCAACAGCCAAGCCAGUCAAUAUUGCUGCCAUAGGAACUCCUGCUGGCCCUGGCGUGACCUAUUACGCAACUUCAGCUCCGAUGCCCUCUGGUAACGGCGAAGUUGCAUUGGGAGCUGCCGCACCGGCCAUCACAUCUCCGGGGUAUCCCACAGCUUCCGGCCGACCGACUGAAAAGGCGGUGAAUGAGGCACCCGGACAGUCACAUCGAAGUGAGAAGCUGAUGCAGGAGCUCAUGGAAAGACACCCCGGUUGCCCUCGGCAACAGGAGCACAAGCUGCCAGCCAGAGCACCGCAGCAGCCCAAACCACGGCUGGUGCUCACGGCAUUGCGGACAAGCCAGUCGGCCAAGUCGCAGCCGCAACCGCCGCUCCUGUGGCACCGCCGCCGAAGACUUGAACCAGCCAGCACGAGUCAGGGCAGUCAUGGAGUGGCCACUCCACCCAGUGCAGCAUUUGCCUGGACGACCAGAAUGGUGACAGACCGGAGAUUCGCUCAUUGUGCCAUCCCUGCUUUUCCAAGAAAAGUGCCUGCAAAAAUGGUUCAAGACGGACCAUUGCUCUUCGGGACCUGCUAUGGCAAGGGCUUCGGAGGUUGA